AUGAAUGAGUAUUUGUUCAAUAAAGAUUUAUGGAAAACCCCAUACUACUUUUUCGAUGAACAUGAAUGCUAUGAGUUUUUCAAAACUCUCAUAAAAGGAAAGUAUCCUGACGUACAAUGGGAUACUGCAAAUACACAACCAUUCAGGAGCAUUCCAGAAAAUGUGGGCACACCCCACAAUUCUGAUGUUGAUCCAACCAUGAAAUGGUGCCUCUUCAAAGCAGCAGAAGUUCAAGCGCAUACUGUGCAGGAAUAUUGGAGAAGCCAAUAUCCCGAUGCUAAUAUACCUUCAUUAUGA